AUUCACAAGGGUAUAAUUCAGAUGAUACUUUCUACCCACCUUUUAUUAAUAAUGACAUGGAGGAGUCAUUCGAUAAAGACCCCAUAGCUAUUGGAUACCUACUGGAAUUAUGGCAGAACUUAUCACAAAUGUAUAUAAGAGAAAUACUCUAUCCUAUAGUAACUUCUGGAGUACAAGAGUCAACAGAUACCAAACACCUUGCUACAGGGGUUUUUCAGGCUACUACAACAAUCGAAGAAGAAUAUUAUCUUGUUUGGGAACAAAUGCUACCAUUACAAGUUUAUACUCCAUCUCGCAUUCAACAAGAUAUGAAAAUACAACAAGAA